AUGGGAUUACAGAAAGGCAGUCAAAGACUCUGGGUGGCGUUUCAACAUUACGGUUCCAUUCGCGAUGUGUUUGUCCCAUGUAAACGUGACGGAGGAGGUAAUGCUUUCGGUUUCGUUAGAUUUUCCGACGUGGAUGACGUGCGCAGUUGGGAGGAGAUGUUGUCAGGGAUGGUGUUGGAUGGUGCACGAAUUAGGGUGAAUGCUGCUAGGUUCCCUGAGUAUGGGCAGAAAACCGACUCAGGCAGUAGCCAUAAGGAGAAACCGGCUCAGGUGGGGGAUGUUCAUAAAAGUCCAAAGGAAGGGUUCGGAACACGGGGUCGAGGCCUUGGUACGGAGCAGUGA